AUGGCUACUCAUAAUCUAACAGGUUAUGGGCCCAGAAGAAUAUUGUUUAACGGCGAUGAGUCUCAGUAUGAACUUUGGGAAGUAAAGUUUAUGGGCUAUAUGUGGUUACAGAAAUUACAUGGCGUAAUUAAUCCAGGAGAUGGGAAUCCUCCUGAUGCAAACAAAAAUGCAAAUGCUUUUGCUGAGCUGGUCCAACGUUUGGACGAUAGAUCUCUUUCUUUGGUGAUACGUGAUGCAAAAUAUGACGGGCGUAAAGCACUAAAGAUCCUUCGAGAACACUACCUAGGCAGAGGUAAACCAAGAAUAAUAACUAUGUAUUCAAAAUUGUGUUCAUUGAAGAUGGAAAGAGGAGAAAACACCACUGAUUACGUGAUACGAGCUGAAACAAUUGGAGUAUCGUUGAAGACAGCCCGAGAAGUGGUGAGUGAUUCACUUUUAAUAUCAAUGAUAUUAAAAGGAUUGCCAGACAAAUACAAUACAUUUAAUACUGUUAUAACACAGAAGGAAAAGCAGCCAACACUAUCAGAAUUCAGAGUUGCUCUAAAGAACUUUAAGGAAAAUGAAAAGAGCGGCAAGAGUAACGACUCUAUCAUGCAAUUGCAUCAAAUGAAGCAACUUGUGUGCUACGAAUGUAACAAACCUGGCCACAUAGCCAAAGACUGUUUCAGAAAGAAGAAACAAAGCUCAAAGUGGUGCAAAAACAUGCAAAACUUCAACGCACAAUACAUACGAAUGUAG